UUUAAUUCUCUUUUCAAUUCUGCUGUUCAACAAGCGGGCACGCUCAUUUUUUUGACUGAAUUAAAAUGGCUCCCCGAAAGGCGAAAGUGCAAAAGGAAGAAGUGCAGGUUCAACUGGGACCUCAGGUGCGCGAUGGCGAGGUUGUUUUUGGCGUUGCCCACAUCUUCGCCAGUUUCAACGACACUUUCGUGCAUGUUACGGAUUUGUCGGGACGUGAAACCAUCACACGCGUCACUGGCGGCAUGAAGGUGAAGGCAGAUCGUGAUGAGGCUUCUCCUUACGCCGCCAUGUUGGCAGCCCAAGACGUGGCUGAGAAGUGCAAGUUACUCGGCAUCACAGCGUUGCACAUUAAACUACGUGCAACUGGCGGCAACAAGACGAAGACUCCCGGACCCGGCGCUCAAUCAGCGUUGCGCGCUUUGGCUCGUUCCUCCAUGAAGAUCGGACGCAUUGAGGAUGUCACGCCCAUACCAUCGGACUCCACACGCCGCAAGGGCGGACGUCGUGGUCGUCGACUAUAAUUUGUUUGCUUGACUAAAAUAAUAAUAAUAAUAAUAAUAA